GAUGUUGGUGCUGCUCCUGGUGUUGCUCCUGGUGCUGGUGUUGCUCCUGGUGUUGGUUCUGCUCCUGGUGCUGUUCCUGGUGUCGCUCCUGGUGCUGUUCCUGGUGUUGCUCAUGGUGCUGGUGYUGCUCCUGAUGCUGCUGCUCCUGGUUGGUGCUGCUCCUGGUGUUGGUGCUGCUCCUGAUGCUGGUGUAACUACUGGUGCUGCUCCUGGUGCUGCUCCUGGAGUUGGUGCUGCUCCUGGUGUUGGUGCUGCUCCUGAUGCUGGUGUACCUGGUGCUGCUCCUACUGGUGCUGCUCCUGUUGCUGGUGCUGCUGCUCCUGGUGUUGGUGCUGCUCCUGGUSCWGCUCCUGGUGCUGCUCCUGAUGCUGGUGUACCUACUGGAGCUGCUACUGGUGCUGGUGUAUCUACUGGUGCUGCACCUGGAGUUGGUGCUGCUMCUGCAAUGUUUGGAAAACAAUUGGUUAGUUUGCUAACAAUUUUAUUGAUUACAGCAUUUAAUUGCUAUAAUUGUUUAAAAGAUUUACAAAAAGAAUGUCCGGACGUAUCGCUGAUUAGACGUAGCGAAUGGGGCGCACGUCUACCCAAAGAACAAUCAAUACUUGACACUAACAAACUAACCGACCGUCAUAUCUAUAUACAUCAUACUAGUAGUCUAUAUAGCAAUCAAUGUUUGACUAUGAGCUCAUGUACCGAAGCUGUACGCCAUAUACAGGACAGUCAAAUGCUUAGACCCGAUCGUAUGGAUAUUACCUAUAAUUUUCUGGUCGGCGGUGACGGCCAUAUAUACGAAGGACGCGAUCGGCAACUGCUAAACACUAACGGAUCGGACGAUCAAGCGGUAUGGAUAGCAUUUAUUGGUCAAUACAAUAACCAGUCGCCAGGGCCGGUGAUGUUGGAUUCGGCACAACGUUUGGUGAAAUGUUUGGACAAAUUGGGCGAUCGAUUGACCCAAGAUUAUCAAUUGCACGGUUCGCGCGAUAGAUGGUGUACCCAGAGUCCUGGUCAACAGUUAUACGAUAUUAUCAAACAAUGGCCACAUUUUCUGGSUGGACCAUUACCUGAUUAUAGUUGUAAUAAAACCAAUGCUACUGGUGCUGGUGUUCCUACUGGUGCUGAUGCAGGUGGUGGUGUUCCUACUGGUGCUGCAKCAGGUGGUGGUGUAGGUGUUCCUACAGGUGCUGCUCCUGAUGUAGGUGUACCUACAGGUGCUGGUCCCGGUGCUGGUGUACCUACAGGUGCUGCUCCUGGUGUUGGUCUACCUACAGGUGCUGCUCCUGGUGUUGGUUUACCUACUGCUGCUGUCUAA